CAGUUAUCCGGGUUUGUCGGACCCGUAUAUAACACCAGCCUUCACAAAACCCAUCUUUAUUUCUUCUCCCAAACCGGCAAACCCUAAUUAAUUAGUAAUUGCACUUUCAAAGUUCCAAGCUUUACAACAAUGGGGAAAACUAGCACUCUAGGAAAAGAAUCAACUCGUGCUGACCAGAAGUUUGAAAAGAAGCUCCAAUUCUAUGCUAAGAUUAGGGAUAAAGUUUCUUCGUUAGGUGCUCAGAAGGCCAUCGGCAAGAAAAAGAAACUUCGAAGUCGACAGAGGAAGCUCAAAGCUUAUGAUCUCUCUGCCCUCUCUGAGUUCCUUCCUGAUGAAAAGAAGGAAACAAAGCUGCCAACUGCCGCUGAUUUUAAGCUAACGUGUAAAUCCAGGCAAACCCUAGUACUGAAGGAGGGGAAGCAACUGAACAAUGUUCUAAAUCAUCCUGCUUUCAAAGCGGAUCCAUUGGGUGCUAUCCAUCAACAUUUGCAGAACACACAGCCUCUUACAGAUGUGAAACAAAUUAAGAAGCCCAAGAAAGUAGGAAAGAAGAAAGCGAAAGGGAAAAAGUCUAAAGCAUCAUCUGCACCUCAAUCGAUGGAAAUGUGACGUAGGUUUCUAUACGUAAUAUAUAUAAGCUUCUUUUGUCUCUUGUUUUGCUAAGCCCUAUCUCUUACCAUUCUCUCGUGGCAUUUGGCUCAUUUUUGUUUAACAGUUUUGCAAAGAAUUAUUCUAAUUAGCAAUGUAAGGGCCAAGGGGUUCCAUCAAUUUGUUAAGAGCUAAUAGACAAUAGAUUUGAGACAGUAAGACCAUGUCUUCAAUUUUUAUUGA